AUGAAUACUGCACAAUCUUCAGAAACACCAAGAGAACGUCAAAAUCGUCUUGCUAGAGAAGCUUAUGCAUGUCGGAAAUCAUCAUUUACAGCUGAACAACUUGAUAAUCAAUGUGCUCGGCAACGUGAAGCUUAUAGAGUUUGUACUGAGACUGAAUCAAAUGAGCAAGCAAACCAUCGGCGUAAAACUCGACGUUCAACAUAUAUGCACAAUGCUCAACAAUCACAUGGAACUAAUGCUGCACUUAUUAUUAAAGCACAUAAUGAAAAACAAUAUUCAAUUCCAACUGCUUCAGAGAUUGCUGUUCUUAUGGUGGGUGACGGUCAAGAAACUGAACCAUCAAAUAGAGAUAUUGUGCUUUACAAACAAAAUGACAAUGUUGCUCAACGAGCACAAAAUCAAAAAUCUACUUUAACAGCAUGGUUUGAAGCUAAUUGUGAUCAAAAUAUUUGCCAAAUAGCAAAUGACUUGACUUACUCUCAAUUCUCUCACAAUGCAGGUGAACGAUAUUACUUGUGCAUGCUACUUAAUGUUGUACAUGGUCUUCUACAAGAUGACUUGGAGUGGGAUCAAUGUCUGAAAGAAGCAACAGAAAUAAAAUCAGGUUAUCAGCUACGACAAUUUGAUGAUAUACUCUAUAAAUUGCAUCAUAUAUUACACAAUCCACAUCAUCAAUUAACACAACAAGAAAUUGAAACCUAUACAUUGCAUGAAUUAGAAGAUAUCCUUAUACAACAAGGCAAAUCAUUGAAAGAUUUUCCUGAUAUGCCAAUCCCUACCACUACCUAUAAUUUUGCUAAUCGCUUACUAAAUGAAGAAAUAAAUUAUAAUCAAGCUAUACUUUGUGUUUUUCUUGAUCAAAAUCUUCCAUGCCUUAAUGAAGACCAGCGACAUGCAGAAUCUCAAUCUGAAUUUGCCAAUUGGCUACUUCAAGUUGGUAAAGAACUUAUUCCUGAAGUUCAACCAGACAGUGGCUUUAUACAUUUGCCUUCUGAUAUUGUUAUCCAAUCUAACACACCUCAGAAUUUAAUAAAAUUUGUAUAUUCUAACUUACAAGCCUAUGUUCAAGAUCCCACAUACUUUACAGAAAGAGGUAUUCUUGCACCACUUAAUGAUGAUGUUGAUAUGCUUAAUACAAAAAUUCUUGCCCAAUUUUCUGAAAAUGAAAAGACUUAUUACAGUGCAGAUGCAUUAGAUAAAAAUUCUAAAAUAUAUAAUGCAGUUCAUGAAAGUUUAUGUUCUACAGAAUUUUUAAAUUCAUUAAAAUUUA